AUGGGCGCUUCCCGUGCUGACAAGGAGAAGUACUUCGUGAAGCUCAAGGAGCUGAUCGAGCAGUACCCUUCCAUCUUCUUGGUCAAUGUCGACAACGUCGGCUCGAACCAGAUGCACCAGAUCCGUGUCUCGCUCCGUGGCAAGGGUGUCGUCCUGAUGGGCAAGAACACCAUGGUCCGCCGUGCUCUCCGCGGCAUCAUGUCCGAGAACCCGCAGCUCGAGCGUCUCCUCCCCCACGUCAAGGGCAACAUCGGUUUCGUCUUCACCAAGGGCGACCUCCCCGAGAUUCGUGACAUGAUCACCGCCAACCGUGUCGCUGCGCCCGCCCGUGCCGGUGCCUUCGCGCCCAAGGACGUCUACAUCCCGGCUGGUAACACCGGUAUGGAGCCCGGAAAGACGUCCUUCUUCCAGGCCCUCCAGAUCCCGACCAAGAUCGCCCGUGGUACGAUUGAAAUCGUCGCCGACAUCAAGGUCGUCGAGGCUGGUUCGCGUGUCGGCCCGUCCGAGGCGACGCUUUUGAACAUGCUCAACAUCUCGCCGUUCACCUACGGUAUGACCGUCGUCCAGAUCUACGACGCCGGCAACGUCUUCUCGCCCGAAGUCCUCGACGUCUCCCAGGACGAGCUCAUCAGCCGCUUCACUUCGGGUAUCAAGCAGAUUGCCGCCAUCUCGCUCGCGAUCAACUACCCGACCCUCGCCUCGGUCGCGCACUCGCUCGUCAACUCGUACAAGAACCUCAUCGCUGUCGCUCUUGCCACCGAGUACACCUUCGAGGGUGCCGAGAAGAUCAAGGAGAUCCUCGCCAACCCCGAGGCCUUCGCCGCCGCUGCGGCCGCUGCUGCCCCCGCCGCCACUGAGGCUGCGCCCGAGGCUGCCGCUGAGGCCCCGGCUGAGGAGAAGGAGGAGUCUGACGACGACAUGGGCUUCGGUCUCUUCGACUAA